AUGGAGCCUGCUGCCGGAGACAUCGCCGAAGAUAUUGCCAGAAACAGAGACAGAAACAGAGAGUCACACGUCAUACCAGUGACCACAAAAAAUUUGAUAGCUCAAAGUCUGCUACAAUCGAGCCAUUUAGGUAAUGUGCCAUAUGGAGCUUUUCAGAAGGCAGAAAAGGAGUUUGGAGUGAGCCGGAAGACAGUCUAUAAGAUCUGGUCAGAGGCCAAAAAACAGAUCCAGAGUGGAGUACCUGUCAACAUAGCAAACCGUGUUAAAGGCUUCAAGCGCAAAGAUCAAAUUCAGCUUGAUACUAACAAGGCAAGAUCUCUUUCAAUCCUUGAAAGAGGUACUAUCCAUAAGAUGGCUGUGAAGCUUGAGUUAAGCAAGACUACCGUAGGCAGAAUGGUGAAAGAUGGUAGGCUCAGGCCACACACAAAUGCAGUUAAGCCACUACUUACUGCUGCAAACAAAUUAGCAAGAAUGAAAUGGGGUCUCAUUCAUGUUCAACCAGUGGUGUUCAAUGGUAUGCUCAAAUAUCACACAAUGCACAAUGUAGUGCACAUUGAUGAGAGGUGGUUUUUCAUGACUAAGGCUACGGAUAGGUACUACCUGCUGCCAGAUGAGGAAGAGCCAUAUAGAGCUAUUAAGUCAAAGCGGUUCAUCACAAAGGUCAUGUUUAUGUGUGUUGUGUGUAGACCACACAUUGCAGAAAAUGGAGAAGUCAUAUUUGAUGGAAAAAUAGGCAUUUUUCCAUUCACUACUAAAGAGCCAGCAAAGAGAGGUUCCAAGAACAGACCAAGAGGCACCUUAGAGACCAAGCCCAUUCAAUCAGUGAACAAGGAAGUCAUGAGGGAAUGCCUCAUUCAAAAGAUCCUACCAGCCAUCAAGGCUAAAUGGCCAGAGAAUAUAAGCAAGGAGAUAUUCAUUCAACAAGAUAAUGCAAGGCCACACAUAAACCACAAUGAUGCAGAAUUUCAGGCUGUAACAAACACAGAGGGUUUCAAAUUCCAUAUCAUUUGCCAACCAUCUAAUUCCCCUGAUUGUAAUGUGUUGGAUUUAGGUUUUUUCCGUGCCAUCCAGUCUAUACAAGAUGACAAAGUGGCUAAUGGAGUGGAUGAUUUGUUGAGGAAUGUGCAAAGCUCCUUUGAUGAACUUAGUGCACAAACACUCAAUAAUGUUUUCCUAACUCUUCAAGGUUGUCUUACUGAGAUAUUGAAGGUGGAAGGGGGAAAUGGAUACAAAACUCCACACAUGAAUAAAGAAAGGUUAUCAAGGCUGGGGAUACUUCCAAUCACUUUGGAAGUUGAGGAAGAGAUUGUCAAGGCUGCUGUGGCUUACCUCCAACAACCUGAUAAUGAUGUCAGCACAUCAUAUGACAUCUCAGGUAUCAGUACAGCUGUGGGCUUCUAAGAUCAGUAAGCAUUUUUUGUCAGUUGGGUGUGUAAGCCUCAGGAGUAGGUGUGGUUUAUGCUACCAACUGUUUUUUGUCAUCUUUUGUAAAGCCUCCAAACCUACAAGUGUAGGGGUGGCUUCUAAAGUUCAAAUCCCUCAGAAAAUUGUCAUCAUAGGGAAGCCUCCAGACCAUACAUGUAUAUGGGGUGGCUUAUAAGGCUGCUUAACUAACAACACAGCCUCCUAACCAUUGUAUAGGGGUGGCUUAUGUAAUGACUUUGUAUGGUUUUGUUAAGAGCAUUUUCCCUCAGAUAGCAUGGUUAUAUCAACUCACAAAUAAGCCUCCUAACCUAACAAGAGGGGUGGCUUACUAACAUAUAGCCAAGCAUCACAUGGAACAGAUAAAGCAACUCAUCAUAGGGAGCAGAUCAAGUCACACAUAAGCCUCCAAACCUAGCAAGAUGGGUGCCUUACUAACACAUAGCAAAGCAUCACAGUGAGGUACUAGCAAAACAUCAUAGGGAGCAGAUCAAUUCACACAUGAGCCUCCAAACCUAACAAGAGGGGUGGCCUAGUAACACAUAGCAAAGCAGCACAGAUCAAUACUAGCAACUCAUCAUAGGGAGCAGAUCAAUUCACACAUAAGCCUCCUAACCUAACAAGAGGGGUGGCUUAGUAACACAUAGCAAAGCAUCACAUGGAACAGAUCAAUAGCAUUUCUGAAUUAGAAUCAUCUCAAUAUCAGAAGCACAAAUCAAUAGCAACAACACAAAUAGCAUCAUCUCAACUAGCACCACAAUUGCAACAGCAGUCACAGGGGCAAAUGCACAAAGCCUCCAACCCAACAAUCAUCCACACCAACAACCACAGCCUCUCACCCAACCAACAAUCACUGCAUUCAAACCCAACCUACAACCACAACCUCCAACCCAAGCAAAUAACCACAGCCUCCAACCCAUGAAACAAUCGCAGCCUCCACACCCAACAAACAAGCAUAGCCUCCAACCCAACAAACAAGCAUACCGUCAAACCCAAUCGGAAAACACCAAA